UUGAAGAGUAAACACAGCCCGAGAGGAAACGUUCAUUUUGUGCCAUAGCAGGGCUGCCUGUGGGGAUUAUGAACUCCAUUGACUCGCAAGCCCACCACAGUUCACCAGCACCAAGCCCGCACAAUCCUCACCUCAAGAGCACCCAGGAAGCCCCUGAAAUGGCUGUGUACUGCGACAAUUUCAGCAUGUACCACCAGCAGAGCUUGCACAGCACGCAGAGACCCGGUGGCUACGGACUGGGGGACUACGCGCCGUCUUCCAACCCCUACCUGUGGCUCAACGGGCCUGGGGUGAACUCGUCCACUUCAUACCUCCAUGGGAACAACUCAGCUUCCUUCAUGCCGCCUUCGUACGGCUCCCAGCGACAGUUCCUGCCGAACUCGUCGGGAUUCGGGGGAGCCGAUCUGGGUUGGCUGUCCAUAGCCAGCCAGGAGGAGCUGCUGAAGCUGGUGAGACCCCCUUACUCCUACUCGGCCCUGAUCGCGAUGGCCAUACAGAACGCUCCGGAGAAGAAGUUGACUCUUAGCCAGAUCUACCAGUACGUGGCGGACAACUUCCCCUUCUACAAGAAGAGUAAAGCGGGCUGGCAGAACUCCAUCCGCCACAACCUCUCGCUGAACGACUGCUUCAAGAAGGUCCCCCGCGACGAGGACGAUCCAGGAAAGGGUAACUACUGGACCUUGGAUCCCAACUGUGAAAAGAUGUUUGAUAACGGGAACUUCCGCAGGAAGAGGAAGCGCAGGUCGGACUCGAGUAGUGGGGCUCCUGCUAACGCCAAACCUGACGAGAGCCGAUCGAACCCAACCGUCAAGCCAGCCGACAGCCCGACGCUCCUGGAGCCUUCCUCCCCGGAGCUAGACACCGCCACAGAGGAUCACAAGAGCUCCUCUCCUCCCGGCCUGCCCUCUGCCCCCUGCUUCAACAGCUUCUUCAGUAGCAUGACGGGCCUCGGCUCCGGCUCUGUGAACAGGCAGGGGUCCCUUGGACUGGUGAACGAGUUGUCCGCCAGGAACAUCUCGGCUCUGAGUCCGUACCCUGCCAACUCCCAGCAGGAAAGCGGCAGCGCUGAGCUGACAGACAGCCUGCAGCUUGGCCGCAGCGUCUACUACAACUCAUUCAGCAGCGGCCAGGGCAACCAGUUCAAUGGCCACUUCUACAACAGUUUCAGCGUGAACAGUCUCAUAUACCCCAGGGAGGGCACUGAGGUGUAAGGGCAGCUGAAGCCGGAGUGGAGUGUCUUACAAAAAUGUUGUUCUCCCCUGGACAGGGAUGUUCGCUAGUGGACCAGGGCCGGGGACUGAGUUCGGGUUCCUCUAUCAUCAGGCACUGACAGGCGAUACCUAAGCGCCCUUUUACCUUCUUUAAAGAGAACAUGCACGAGUGGAACCGUGACUGUACUAACUGUGCACCAGAACCGCUCUUUUGCGUUAGCUCUUCCAAGGAACUCGACGCGAUUCCGUGAAGCAGCGAUCCCCCCCACACACACACACACCUCCCCCACUUCCCCGCACCUCCUUUACUUCAGCCGUCGUGUUGUGACCUACAACAUGGAUGAACCAAGGCAAAACAGUCGGAAACGGUGCACUUGUAGCGUCCGUGCCCUUACAUUGUAAAGGAAUAUUAAACCUUGAUGCACAUAGACGUGAACUGUCCUGCCUGCUUGGUGGACUUCGGUGUUUCAGUCGGCCGAGGGAUCUGUGCCCUUAGCGGGACCCGGAUAGGACGGCUGUUCUGGGGAAGAUGUGCCUUUCAAGCCUUGUCUUUUAAAUUCUGACUUCUGUGGACAAGUCUAGAAUUCCAGUCUGCCAAAGCAAAACACACAGUAGCCCGUCACCGUCUUCCUGCAACGUAUUUUUUAAAGUAUUUGUAGUACAGCAAACGGGUUUUAUAUCACGUUUUACACCUGUUUCUAGUUUGAUACUCGUGUAAAUAUAAAUAUAUAUUUUGUAUUUUUUAUUUUUGUAAAUUAUGCUUCUAAAUUUGUAUUAUUUAUAUAAAAUGUAUAGCGGUGUACAAAUGUAAGGUUUUCCUAAGUAGUUUUAUAGGCAAAAUGGUUUUAAAAAGUUCCGUAUCUAAAGAUGUAGUAAUAAAGGAAGAACAGAGCGUGAAACUCGAUUGCACUGUUUUUUCAAUUGUGUAGCCAAGCAUCUCAAAUUGUGUGACAAAGUGUAUCCGAGAAGUGUUGCUGAACUAGACCCAACGCGUUGCAGUGUGAAAGCCGAGCUGCUGAUCAGAUCUGGCGCCAGAACUGGCGGAGAUUUACCGGCGGUGACGUCUUGACAGCUUUAGGAAGCCUGAACUAGCGGCGCACGCCUGUUUGCUUGAAACCUCUUCAUUAUACAAUCUUUUAUUGUCUCAGCCAAAUAAAUGUCAUCUAUGGUUGCUCAGACUAAUUGAAGAGGUUAGUAAACAGAAUGAGAAAAGCCAAGUCAAAGGAUGUCUGUGC